CCUGCAACUACAGUGAAAAUUUACUUCCUGAAACUGAAUUGGGAGAUGACGAUUUUUUGAUUUUAUGAUAGAGCCAAGUCAUGAGUGCAGACGACUUAAACCCCGCCGCCACACCCACUCCCUGUGAAGACACCCAAGGAGAUGGACGAUGGAUGUCUAUGCACAACCGCUUUGUGUCUGACAGCAAAGACAAAGAACCUGAAGUCCUGUUUGUAGGAGACUCUCUUGUUCAGCUCAUGCACCAAUUUGGGAUAUGGCGACAGCUGUUCUCUCCUCUCCAUGCCCUCAAUUUUGGGGUGGGUGGUGAUGCAACACAACAUGUGCUGUGGAGACUGAGCAACGGUGAACUGGAUAACAUCAGCCCAAAGGUUGUGGUGCUGUGGGUAGGCACUAACAAUCAUGGUCACACGGCUGAACAGAUCUGUGAAGGUAUCAUGGCUAUUGUCCAAGUCAUCAAGAACAAGCUGCCCCAAGCCAGGACACUCGUACUUGGUAUUCUGCCCAGGGGUAAAUCGCCAAACCGUCUGCGGGAGCGUAACGCCAGGGUGAACGCACUGGUCCAAGAGGCUGUGUCGUCCCUCCCCCAUGCCUCUUUCUUCAAUGUGGACCCAGGUUUUGUCCACUCCAAUGGUAGCAUCUCCCAUCAGGACAUGUAUGAUUACCUUCAUCUGACCCCUCAGGGCUACCAGGCUGUGUGUGAACCACUGCACGCCCAUCUCAAGUCCAUGCUAGAGAAGCCUGCUGAGAACUGAGCAACCAUGGCACUUACACUACCGCAGUGGUCCUCAUCCCUGAGCCCGGAGAGCAUCUCACUCAGCCUAUUAACUCCUUGAAUAAUGGAUACAAUCAAUUUAAGAGCUAAGUGCUGCUCACAUUAUUUGUGUAAGUCCUCUUCGUGGCCAGGGUUGGUGACCACUGUUACAUACAAUGGGACCAUAAAGUCUUUUGUGUUUAUGAUACAGUCAGAAAUUAAAUGUGCUGUGCUAGAGAGAGACAAAGUCUUGCCUCAAUUCCCGGUAAGCAUCUGUUCCACUAGCAUUUGACUCUUACAUUUGAUUAUUUAAUUCCUCUGCCACAUAAUGCAUAUGAUGUAUAUGAUGAGGGGAACGCGCAAUCUAUCAUUUGUGAGAGUAACUACAUGUGACAGGAUGACACUAGAAGACACAGUUGUAUAUAAAUACAUCCAGAUGGGCAGCAUUUAUGAAUAAAGCCUUUAAAAGGAUGCAGCAAUUUUUAUUCUCUUGCUGUAGGUCAAAAAAUUAUUCACUGUACUCAUUAAACAUGUAAUUUAUAACUGUGCUCUACAUGUCAUCCUUCAGCUCUCAUGCCGAAUUUACCUUGGAAUAUAAACUGAUAUCUGCUUUUCUGACACCGUCUAUGACAAAAUACACUGUCCGUCUGAGGUUACAUGAACAGGAAGUCCCUGGAAAAAGUUGAAAGGCUGGUGCUUUAGUUACCAGAAUAUGUUUGGUAAAAGAAUUGAGAUACUAGAACUGUCCUUACCGGGAAAUUGCUGUGAUUUGUCAUUUUGGUUUCUCAGUUUCACCAAGUUCCACAAUAUACAUUUACUUGGCGAUAGCUUUAUUUUCUCUGUUGUGAUGUCUGACGUUUUUUGUAAAUGUUAAUUUGAACAACCAAAAGUUUUUGAUUGACCAAUGCUGUCUGUUUGCUUUUUAUCCUGUCACAUGUCGUCUCAUUAUUGUCCUGUACAUUUUUUUGCUUCACCCACUGUAACAGCAGCACUUCUUGACAUGACAAGCUGUGUUUUAUUGCAAACAUAAAUCUUUUCGAGUUGUUUGUGAAGUUGUACACAUGUAUCCAAAGUUGCUUGUGCUUCAAGUUUAAUCUCAUCUGCAACAUUAUGGCCCGCCAGACCUACUAAAAAUGCUUUACUUCACACUAAAAUGCUUCUGAGAUUCUAGGAUAAGGAUUGUUCUCCAGAACUUGAAUUAUGCCUCCGGAUGGCUGAUUGUGUAAGUGAUGAAAGAGUGCAUUAAAAUACGAAAAACAAGACGG